AUGAACUCGAGUGGGCCGCAGCAAGCGCAGUCCUCUCCCCGCUCGCCCCCAGCCGCGGCCGUCAGCCCUUUGGCUGCUUGGUCGUGCAGCAGGAGCAGCGCCCGAGAGGCGCCCGUCAUGGCAGUCUACUGCAGCGAAGCCUUUAGCGUCUAUCCGCAGCCAGCCGCUGCAGCCGCGGGCACAGCGGGGCAGAGACCUUCCGCAGCGACUUACACGCUGGGCGACUACGGGGCGCCGCCGGGCGCCGCCGGUUACUUGUGGGGCGUGAGCGGCGCGGGGCCCUACGUGCAGAGCGGCGGAGGCGGCGGCAGCCCCGGCGGCUCCAGCGCGCCGUUCCUGCCCUACGGCUGUCCGCCGCGGAGCGUCGGAGGGUCGCAGCUCCUGAGCACGGCGGGGCCUGCGGCUGGCGCCGGCUCAUCACCGGAGCUAGGCUGGCUGAGCCUGGCUAGCCAGGAGGAGCUGCUGCGCUUGGUGCGCCCGCCGUACUCCUACUCCGCACUCAUCGCCAUGGCCAUCCAGAGCGCGCCGGAGCGCAAACUGACGCUUAGCCACAUCUACCAGUACGUGGCGGAGAACUUUCCGUUCUACAAGCGGAGCAAAGCCGGCUGGCAGAACUCCAUCCGCCACAACCUCAGCCUCAACGACUGCUUUCGCAAGGUCCCCCGCGACGAGGACGACCCCGGAAAGGGGAACUACUGGACAUUGGACCCAAACUGUGAGAAAAUGUUUGACAAUGGGAAUUUUCGUCGCAAGCGUAAGAGGCGCUCUGAUCCUGCUGCCUCAGCAGCGGCACCCACUGUUUCUGCCUUGGGGACUUUAAAAACCGAGGAAGGGCACUCCAUAUCUUUGGCACCAGGAAAGCCUUGUGGUGAAAGUCCUUCUGCUGAGCUGGAGUCCGUGGCCUCUCUGAGGGACCAUGCAAAGAGUGCCUCUCCGCCUGUGAUCGUCUCACCUGCCCCCAGCUGCCUCAGUAGCUUUUUCAAUGGAAUGAACUCACUGAGCAACGGGAACCGCCUCGGCGCUGAGCUGCAUCACCGAAAUCUCCCUGCCGGCCCACUGAGUGGCAGUAGCUUCACCCAGGAAGUUCCUUCCGCUGAGCAACUGCAACGCAUUUCUGGGCCUGCUAGUGCCUAUUACAGCCCGUUCCAUCCUGGCAGUAGUGGCCAGUCAGGGCAGUACAACCACUUAUACAACUUCACUGUUAAUAGCCUCAUCUAUACCCGGGAAGGGACUGAAGUGUAG